CUCACCCACCGUUAUUUCUCUUCUUCUUCCUCCUCCUCCCCUCUCCGCGAUCUGGUCUCUGGUCUCCCCCGUCGUGCUCGCCCGCCGCCCACGACUCUCCCAUUACCAGCUACCGCGACGCGGCUGCUGCUCGGACCCCCUCCGCUUGGCGCCCACGGAGAGAGGGGGGGUGAUCGGGGUGCGGGGCGAGCCGAGGCGGGGUCAAAACGGUAGGAGGGCAGAGGAAUCGGCGACCGAGCUCCGGGCGACGAUGGAGGGCGGCAAUCAUGGAGGUCAAGGGUACCCCUAUCCGCCGCAGCAGUACCCGUACCCGUACAGCCAGUACCAGUACCCUCCUCCCCAGCCGACGGGGCCCCCGCCCUCCGCCUACCUCGCGCCGUCGCCGUCCUUCCCUGGUUACCCCCCCGCGCCGCCUCAGCCGCAGCCGUACGCGCACCAUUCUGGCCCGCUUCAGCCUUACCCGCCGCCGCAGCAGCAGCAGCAGUACCACCACCACCACGCGUACCCUCCGCCGCAUCCGCCGGUGUAUCCCUCGUACCCGAGCCCCGGUCAGAGCCCGUCGAUCUCCCCGAGCGCCAGCUUCCACCACCAGCCGGCGGCAUCGACCCCCGAGUCGCCCGCGCCUUCCGCGCCGUCCUACCCCAUUGCCGAUGUGCUCGCCAACAUGCACAUCUCCGACCGCGCGGACUACCCGCCGCCGGCGGCCGUGCCCGCGUCGUCCCCCUCCGUGCUGCCGCCUUCGGCAUCGUUCUCGAGCGGCGGGAGCAGCCACGGUGGUGGUGGGAUGCAGAUGGUGCCGUACGGCUCCCCGGCCGGAGGGUCGCAGCACGGCAGCGUGAGGCCGUCCCUGAAGGUGGUGCUGCUCCACGGCAGCCUCGACAUCUGGGUGUUCGACGCUCGGAACCUCCCAAACAAGGAUCUCUUCUCCAAGAGGGUCGGCGACCUCCUCGGACCUCGCAUCACCGGCGCCGUCGGCAGCAAAAUGUCCACCGCCAACAUGACUAGCGAUCCCUACGUUGCUAUCCAGGUCUCCUACGCCACCGUCGCGCGUACCUUCGUCAUUCCCAACAAUGAGAACCCUGUUUGGACGCAGAAUUUCAUCGUCCCUGUUGGGCAUGAGGCAGCUGAGGUCCAGUUCAUAGUCAAGGACAAUGAUGUCUUCGGUGCUCAGCUUAUAGGCACCGUGGCGAUUCCUGCUGAGAAGCUCCUUGCUGGAGAAAGGAUCGAGGGCAUCUUUGAUGUACUUGAACCGAAUGGCAAGCCAUGUGCUCGAGGCGCUGUAUUGCGGUUGUCCAUACAAUACAUCCCGGUGGCUCGCCUCACAAUGUAUCACCAUGGUGUCAUUGCUGGUCCAGAUUGCCUGGGAGUUCCUAAUACUUACUUCCCGUUGAGGCGUGGCAAUAGAGUGACACUGUAUCAGGAUGCACACGUGCCUGAUGGUUGUCUCCCGGAUAUCUGGCUUGAUCAUGGAGUGCGCUACCAGCAUGGGCAGUGUUGGCAUGACAUUUACAAUGCCAUAUGCCAGGCAAGACGGUUGAUUUACAUAGUGGGAUGGUCAGUGUUCCACACAAUCCACCUUGUAAGGGAGGGGGCUGUGAACGCUCAAUCACUUGGGGACCUGUUGAAGACGAAGUCUCAGGAAGGAGUGAGGGUUUUGCUUCUUGUGUGGGAUGAUCCAACAUCAAGGAGUAUUCUUGGAAUUAAGACGGAUGGUUUCAUGGGCACACGAGAUGAGGAGACUCGCAGAUUUUUUAAGCACUCUUCAGUUCAAGUAUUGCUUUGCCCACGAUCUGCUGGGAAACGACACAGCUGGGUGAAGCAGCAGGAAACAGGAACUAUUUUUACUCAUCAUCAGAAAACAGUUAUUGUGGAUGCUGAUGCUGGCAAUUAUAAGAGGAAAAUAAUUGCUUUUGUUGGGGGGCUUGAUUUGUGCGGUGGACGAUAUGAUACACCUAUGCAUCCUCUAUUUAGGACUCUUCAGACUGUGCACAAGGAGGAUUAUUACAAUCCAAACUUUGCUACGGUUGAUGCUCGUGGCCCAAGGGAACCAUGGCAUGACUUGCAUUCAAAGAUUGAUGGUCCAGCAGCAUAUGAUGUUUUGCAAAAUUUUCAGGAGCGUUGGUUAAAGGCAUCCAAACGCCAUGGGAUUAAAAAGUUGGCAAAAUCAUAUGACGAUGCUCUUCUCAGUAUCGAAAGAAUACCUGAUGUUAUAAGCAUUAAUGAUGCGAUAUAUUUUAGUGACAAUGAUCCAGAGACAUGGCAUGUUCAGGUGUUUCGGUCUCUUGAUUCAAAUUCUGCCAAAGGAUUUCCAAAGGAUCCACGGGAAGCAACCCGUAAGAAUCUUGUUUGUGGGAAGAAUGUCCUGAUUGAUAUGAGCAUACAUAGUGCAUAUGUCAAUGCUAUCCGCGGAGCGCAGCACUUUAUUUAUAUUGAGAAUCAGUACUUCAUUGGAUCUUCAUUUAAUUGGGAUUCAAACAAAGAUAUUGGGGCCAAUAAUUUAAUACCCAUUGAAAUUGCUCUCAAAAUUGCAAACAAGAUUAAGGCGAAAGAGAGAUUCUCUGCAUAUAUAGUAAUACCCAUGUGGCCAGAGGGUAAUCCAACUGGUCGUCCUACACAACGAAUUCUUUACUGGCAGAACAAAACAAUGCAAAUGAUGUACGAGACAAUAUAUAGGGCCCUGAAAGAAGAGGGUCUAGAUGAUGUUUAUGAGCCUCAGGAUUAUUUGAACUUCUUUUGUCUUGGCAAUCGCGAAGUUGCUGAUGAUCCCAGCACUUCAAAUGUGACAAAUGCUCCUCAGGAACAAGCUAGGAAGCACAGAAGAUUCAUGGUCUAUGUACAUUCAAAAGGCAUGAUUGUGGAUGAUGAAUAUGUGAUAAUUGGAUCAGCUAAUAUCAAUCAGAGGUCAAUGGAAGGUAUCAGAGAUACUGAGAUUGCGAUGGGAGCAUAUCAACCACAGUAUACAUGGGCAAAUAAGAUUUCUGCACCCCGUGGACAGAUUUAUGGGUACAGAAUGUCUCUUUGGGCAGAGCAUAUUGGAGUUGUUGAGGAUGGCUUCAACUAUCCAGAGACCCUGGAAUGCAUAAGACGAGUUCGCUACAUCGGUGAACAGAAUUGGGAACGAUUUUUUGAUAAUGAGGUGACUGAGAUGAGAGGCCACCUAAUGAAGUACCCUGUAACUGUUGAUCGUAAAGGCAAAGUGAAACCCUUGCCAGGAUGUGCGUUAUUCCCAGACAUGGGUGGUAACAUCUGUGGAUCAUUCCUAGCUAUCCAAGAAAACCUCACAAUAUGAAUUUCAAUUAUCCAAGUAUACAACUGCUAGUGAUUCUGAGCAAUUCUGCUUCCUGAGGUAUAUAGAUAGGAUGGAAAUUUUGCUAGCAAUAUAGGUUGAAACCAAGUAGGACAUGCCAAGAAGAGGUUAUGACCCUGCAUUUCUUUCAUGCCUUUAUUAAGAAAAUUGAUCAUCGCU